GGGGCCCGCCCGCGGGGCCGGCCGCCUGUCAGAGGGAGAUGGGGAUGGUGCGCCCGGUGUCGGCGGCGGCUGCGGCGGCUUCCCUGGUCCGAGGGCAGGGAGGAGAAGAUGACUGACCGACCAACUGCCUGAAUGAAUGAAUGGCGGAGCCGAGUGCGCUAUGAGGAGCCUGCCGAGCCUGGGCGGCCUCGCCCUGUUGUGCUGCGCCGCCGCCGCCGCCGCCUCAGCAGCCUCGGCGGGGAAUGUCACCGGCGGCGGCGGGGCCGCGGGGCAGGUGGACGCGUCGCCGGGCCCGGGGCUGGGGGGCGAGCCCAGUCACCCUUUCUCUAAGGCGACGGCUCCCACGACCCAGGCCCCGAGGACCGGACCCCCGCGCGCUACCGUCCACCGACCCCUGGCUGCGUCCUCUUCAGCCCCGUUCCCGGAGACCACCCCUCCUCGGGCCACGGCUGGACCCGCGCCGACCACCCUCUCGACGACCGCUGGCCCGGCGCCGACCACCCCUCCGGCGGUAGAACGCACGCAGACCACCCCUCGGGCGACGACCAGACCCGCGCCGACCACCCUCUCGGCGACCCCUGGCCCGGCGCCGACCACCCCGGUAGCGACCACCGUUCCGGCGCCCACCACUCCGCGGACCCCGACCCGCCUCCCCCCGGGCAGCAGCAGCGUCCCGCCCACCCCACCUGCCACCGAGGCCCCCUCCUCUCCUCCCGCAGAAUAUAUAUGUAAUUGCUCUGUGAUCGGAAGCCUGGAUGGGAACCGCUGCAACCAGACCACAGGGCAGUGUGAGUGUCACCCAGGUUAUCAGGGGCUUCGCUGUGAAACCUGCAAGGAGGGCUUUUACCUGAAUCAUACUUCUGGGCUCUGUCUGCCAUGUGACUGUCGUCCACAUGGAGCCCUCAGCAUACUCUGCAACAGUUCUGGGAAAUGCCAGUGUAAAGUGGGUGUCACUGGCUCUACAUGUGAUCGAUGCCAAGAUGGAUAUUAUGACUUUAGUGAGAGUGGCUGCUUGCCCUGCCAAUGCAAUAAUCGGUCUGCCAGUUGUGAUGCCGUCACAGGUGCUUGUUUAAACUGCCAGGAAAAUAGCAAAGGGGAUCACUGUGAAGAAUGCGAAGAAGGAUUUUAUCAGAGUCCUAAUGUCACUAAAGAAUGUCUUCGCUGCCCUUGUUCAGCAGUGACGUCUACAGGCAGUUGUAUCAUAGAAUUGGGUGAAUUGGAACCUAAAUGUGUCCAAUGUAAAGAUGGUUACACAGGCCAGAACUGCAAUAAAUGUGAAAAUGGCUAUUACAAUUCUGACAGCAUCUGUACAGAAUGCCAGUGUCAUGGCCACGUGGACCCAAUUAAAACUCCAAAGAUUUGCAAGCCUGAGAGUGGUGAGUGCAUCAACUGCCUCAAUAACACCACUGGGUUUCGGUGUGAGAACUGCCUAGAAGGUUAUGUUCAAGACUACAAGGGAAAUUGCAUCAAGAAAGAAGUUAUUGUUCCAACACCUGAAGGUUCUACCAUUUUGGUUUCCAAUGCCUCUUUGACCACAUCAAUGCCCACCCCUGUUAUAAAUAGUACAUUUACCCCCACAACCCUGCAGACUAUCUUAUCAGUAAGCUCUGCUGAAAACAGCACAUCAGCUUUAGCUGAUGUAUCAUGGACCCAAUUUAACAUCAUCAUUUUGACAGUCAUCAUCAUUGUGGUGGUGUUGCUGAUGGGAUUUGUGGGAGCUGUAUAUAUGUACCGGGAGUAUCAAAACCGGAAACUCAAUGCCCCGUUUUGGACCAUCGAGCUGAAAGAAGACAAUAUCAGUUUCAGCAGCUACCAUGACAGCAUUCCCAAUGCAGAUGUGUCAGGAUUGUUGGAAGAUGAUGGCAAUGAAGUGGCUCCCAAUGGGCAGCUGACCCUGACGACACCCAUACAUAACUACAAAGCCUGAGGAGCUGGAACUGUUCUCCUGGAUUGUUAGACCACAGUGCUUACUAAGACAGCAUCAGCCCCUGGGCCGGGAAAAGCCUGGGUAGAGUUUGCUGAGAAAGCAAAGACAUAUAGCGCAUCUGAAAUUUUCAGGUACAAAUUUGUAAUGCACUUAGCCUGUUACUCUUAGUUUUCCCGUGAAGAUCUGAAGCAGUCACUGUCAAUAAGGACUUGAAGUAAAGUGUAUUUUUGUACCAAACCACAUGGGAGUAUAGAAAGGCUGAACCCACAGUGCAGCCCAAAUCCACUUUGACAUCCAAUUAGACUCCUGGGGAAGUGUUCACCUAACCAGCGGAAACAGGAUGAUGGAUGUGGAGGGGGAAAGGACUGCCAGAAGACUUCAUCUCCAUUCCUGAAACACAUUUUUUUUUUAAAGAAAGGUCAGGGAUGAUAUUCAUUUUACUGUACUAAAAGACAUCAUUGAGGAAAAGCUGAUGUCUGGGCCAUAUCACAUUAAACAAUCUUUAUUGUUUCUAGAAUAAGGACAGAAAAGUUCUACAAAGAUCUUUAGAAGGAUUUGAAUUUUCCUUCCAGAAUUCUUGCUCAAUGAUAGGAUUAAAGCACAGGAUAAGCUUCUAAUGUUAGAGGAAGGCAACAUUUGGGAGCAGGAAGCUGGUGGUCCUCCUUAGGGACUCAGUGUAAAUGAUCAAUUGUCUAAAAAUAAGGAAUAUUCCUGCCUCUAGAGAGAUAAGGUGUAUAUAGUUAAUGUAGCAUAUCUGGUCAACAUUGUUAUUUGUAUCUAUCUGUAAAAAAAAUCAUGUCAUAUUUUAUCAUCUAGAAUUUAUUUGUACAGCAGUUAAUGGCGUUGUAAAAAGAGAAUAUGGGGAUUGGUUAAAAUACUGUACAAUAGAUGACAAUAUUGCUGGAGCUGGGACUCUGGUGAGCAUCAGUCAUUUUUAGUCCCUCUUUGGACAUUGUUGAAAUUUAUAAGGGGUUGAAUGUUUCUAAUCUUUCUUUCCCUUUCUCAAUCUAAAAGUAGGGUUGUAUGUUCUUUGACUUACUAUAGAUUCAAGCAAUAGAUUUUGAAGUCAGUGAUUGUUAAGCUGGGACACAGGCUCUGCUUUCCAAACUACUCACCUAAUUAGACAUUAGCCACUCUAUACAUUUUACAUAGGUUAAUGCAGAACAUAUCCUCAUUUAAAAAUGUGUUUUUUUAAUGUAAAAGAUAGUCUUCCAAAGGAAUUAGAAAUAUUUUAGUUCCAAAAGAAAAGCCAUCAUAUCACUUGGGAUCCCCAGUUUUCAUGCCUGUGAAAUAUUUAUAUUCUCCCCUCCCCUCCCCACAAUACCUCCUGUGUUUGACAUUGCCUCUCACUCAUAUGCCAUGAGGUCUGCACCAUCUCUCUGCAGUGCUACAGUUAUCCUGUUUGCUUCUUGUCUGGUUAGAGGGUAGCUCUGUAGUUGAGUGGGUAUAGGUAGUCCUUGCUUUUAGACACAGUUUUUUCCUAGAGGCCAUCUACUGUUGCUCUCAUCUGUUAUGAUAUUGACAGAUUGUGGAUUAAGCAAGCCAGGAAAAGCAGCUAGAAGUCACAUACAGAUAUUUAUUAGGAGGAAAAGCAAACUUUGAAGUGGUUAG